CAUACAUACUCCGAUUUGAGGCUCGCCCGACGCUCGUCACCGUGAAUCACGGCUGAUCACGGCUGAUCACGGCUUCCGCUGCCGUCAAGACUGUCCGAGAGUGUUCCCGUGGCGUUCGCAGCGGAAUCGCAGGAAAAAUGGCGACGGAGGAAAUUGACCGAGCUAAGAUUGAGUCUAUGCUACGUACACUAAAAUUAUCUGGUCACGUUGGAUUUGACAGUCUGCCUAGUCAAUUGGUGAAUAAAUCAGUGCAAAAUGGAUUUGUAUUCAACAUUCUCUGCAUUGGUGAAACUGGACUCGGAAAAUCUACACUUAUGGAUUCCCUUUUUAACACGAGCUUUGAAUCUAGUCCCAGCCCUCAUAAUCUACCAUCCGUAAAACUUAAGGCACAUACUUAUGAAUUGCAAGAGAGCAAUGUCAGACUGAAACUGACAAUUGGUGAUACAGUCGGUUAUGGUGAUCAAAUCAAUAAAGAGGACAGCUUUAAGGCAGUCGUCGAUUAUAUAGAUGCGCAGUUUGAAGCUUAUUUACAGGAAGAGUUAAAAAUCAAACGUAAUCUGGCAACCUAUCAUGACAGUCGCAUCCAUAUUUGCCUAUAUUUUAUAUGUCCUACUGGCCAUGGCUUGAAAUCUAUCGAUCUAGUAUGCAUGAAGAAACUGGAUACCAAAGUUAACAUCAUUCCAAUUAUUGCUAAAGCAGAUACAAUAUCGAAGACUGAGUUACAGAAAUUUAAGAGUAAGAUAAUAUCUGAGUUGCAAAACAAUGGAAUACAUAUUUAUCAGUUUCCAACCGAUGAUGAAAGCGUAUCAGAUAUAAACGCCACUAUGAACACUCAUGCACCUUUUGCUGUCGUCGGAAGUACCGAUUUCGUUCGCGUCGGUAAUAAAAUGAUGCGUUCUCGUCAAUAUCCAUGGGGUACAGUUCAAGUCGAAAAUGAAUCUCAUUGUGACUUCGUAAAACUACGUGAGAUGUUGAUAAGUACUAAUAUGGAAGAUAUGCGCGAGAAAACGCAUUGUCGUCAUUAUGAACUCUACCGGAAAAAGAGAUUAGAACAGAUGGGCUUUAGUGACGUUGAUAGCGACAAUAAACCUGUAAGUUUUCAACAAACAUGCGAAGCAAAGAGAUCCAUUCAUUUGCAAGAAUUGCAACAAAAAGAAGACGAAAUGCGCCAAAUGUUUGUCGCUCGAGUUAAAGAAAAAGAAGCUGAACUGAAAGAAGCAGAAAAAGAGCUACAUAGUAAAUUCGACAAGCUAAAGAAAGAUCAUACUGAGGAAAAGAAGAAAUUGGAGGACAGUCGUAAAAAACUUGAAGAUGAUAUAUUGGAAUUCAAUAAACGAAAAACGCAAUUUUCGCAACCCCAACAUCAUACGCUGACGUUAGGCAAAAGCAAAAAGAAGUAAAACGUAUCUCAUCAUCUUUUUAUACCAUUUAAAUAUGAUCAUGCAUUUUAAUUGCAUUAUC